CUAGCAUGGAGGAGUAUUACUGUUGAGCUACUCUUGACCUGUAAAUUAUUUCCUUUUUAGUAACAUCUGCACUACAGUGUCACAUACCGUCUUUGAAGUUAGUUGUGAAUAAUGGCCGCUAAUUAAUGCAACUAGUUUGAAUCUUUUCGUUAUUCUACAAUAGCAAAUGUUACGGUGCUGACUAAAAGCUCGUCCGGUGUUCACGUGAAACCGGGGUGUUUAGGUGAACCUGUCUGAAUAUUAAGGACGUUUGCUUUUGUUGUGGUAACGGCUGUCUAAAUACGGUUGAGACUCCAGCCGUCGCUGUAUCUGACUAGAUGUCUGGAAACAGUUCGUGACUGCUCACUUCUCCCCUCUUACAGAAACACAACUGGACCCUGCAGAAAGCGCUGACGCACCAGGAUGACCAACGUGCUGUGCAGUAGAGGCAGGCUGGUCACUUACCUCCCAGGGCUUCAUGUGUUAGUGCAUCGCAUAGCUGUGGCCAGAGCUGGAGCCAGAGCCUUCUCUGCUGCUGGAUCUUCGGGCUCUGAUGAACCCCAUGUAACUGUUACUUCCCCUGACAUGGUGUGGCCUGAUGAGAGCAUGGGGCCUUUUGGGCCCCAGGACCAGCGCUUCCAGCUACCCGGUAAUGUGGGUUUUGACUGCCACCUGAGCGGGCUAGCAGAGCAGAAGAAGAGCCCGACACAUAAGAUGGCCCCUGAUGUGCUGUCGACCCCGGCCAGCAGUGAUAGACACGAGUUCAUUCUGGCCCAGUUUAUUGGAGACUUCUUUGAGAAAGAUGACCCAGCCUCGUCUCAGAAUGUCUAUAGAGCUGAACAGUACUUUGAUAAUUCUGCUGUGGAGUGCGCCGUACAGUCCUGCCCUGAGCUACUAAAGAAAGGUUUCCAUUCCAUGUUUCCUGAGGCCCCGUCCUCUGGUAUGAUGGUGCUCACAGUGACCCAAAAGACGCAGAAUGAUAUGUCGUCAUGGUGUGAUGAGGUGGAGCAGGAGAGAGAGCAGAUGCUUGACAAGUUUGUUGAUGGAGCCAAGGAGAUUUGCUACGCCCUGCAGAAAGAAGGAUUCUGGGCCGACUUUAUCGAACCGUCCUCCGGCCUGGCGUUCUUUGGCCCCUACACCAACAACACGCUGUUUGAGACAGAUGACAGGUACCGUCACCUGGGCUUCCAGAUUGAGGACCUGGGCUGCUGUAGAGUGAUUCGACACGCUCUUUGGGCAACACGUGUUUUUGUGGGGACAAUAUUCACCAAUGCACCACCCAGCAGUUCUGUAAUGAAGAAGCUGCAGGGCAGCUGAACAUGGGACACUGGGCUGUUAUUAAAACUGUCAUAAGCUGUCUGGACUGUGGCAAUGUUAUUUAUUCAAAUCAUAAAGUGAAUCCUGUGUUUUUAAUCUUUCCAGCACAUAUUGCUAAAUAUAAAUUAAAGGCACUGCACUUAGUACAUCUGAACAAAAGCUUUGGUUAUAUCAUCAGGUUACCUUAUUUAUAGCACACUUCUUUUAGUCACCGGUUGGGUUAAUGUUUAUUGAAAUCUGUUUGUGUAGUUUGGUCAUGACAGCUAAAAAUAAAAUCAAAAAUAUUUUCUUUAAAUUGGUGUAAAGGAGAUUUAUCACCCUUUUACUCUCACUUGUAUCUUAAUCUUCAGUCUGUCUCAGUUUUAAGGCAAAGCAGGUAAAUGGUUGUAACUACUUUAAGAGAAAUAAAACUGCACACUGACCUCACAUCUGCAGGGCUGGAGUGUU